CAACGACAUCUUCACCACCACAGCAGCAAGACAACUUCAGAACAGCACCCGUAUAGAUCUAAACAACUGCGAUCGGGUUGGUACUUCUUUCCCGCACAAACUAAUGAUUUCAAUUCCGGUAUGUCGGUGACAAAGCUCCACGGUAAGUUGCAGAAAACGGACGCUCGACGUUUACAGGUGAGACCAAGGUGAAUUUAUGCUGUCUCCCAUCUUGAAAGCCCUGCCUUAAAGAGCCCCCCCUCUCCUCCCUGCUCUUUUGUUCUUUUCUUUCCUCAUUACGUUCAAUUCCAAUCCACUGCCAGUCUUCUUCCAGUCCUCCGAGUAACUCCUUCGCUACGGUUACUCUCAAGACCUUCGUUGAUCCUCUUCAAGUAGCUCAAGCACUCACCCCAGAAGCUCAUCAACAUGAAGACCACUUUCGCUCUUGCGGCUCUUGCCAUCUCUGCUGUGUCCGGACAGGCCGUCCUCCAGCCUCGCUGGCCCCAUGAGAAGAAUGUGACGACGAGCACCGUCACCGACAUCACCACCACCUUUGUUACCGAAUGCCCUGUGACAACCACCAAGACUAAGCAUGGCACCACCCAAGUCAUCACCUUCACCACGACCUCGACUGUCACAAAAGUGAUCCACACCACCAUCCCAGUCACCGUCAAGGGCCCCGACUCGACCGCCACCACCACCGCGGUUGAGACUCAGUUCACCACCUCUCUGUGCCCAGUCACCAAGACCAUCACCGAGUCCGGCAAGGUCAUCACUGUGGUCUACACGUCCACCUCCAUCAUCCCCGUCAAGGUCCCUUCCACGGUUACCAAUGUCGUUACCGCCAAUCCAUCCACUGUGCCAGUGACUGAGAUCGACUUCAUCACGAAGAUCAUUCCUUGCCCAUUGACCGUCACUUCGACCGUCAGCGGCAUCCCAGUGACUCUCACCAAGACCUCGUUCUCCACCAUCGUCACCAAGGUCCCAAUUACCGUUGUUGACCACACAACCGCCAUCACCACCACCUUUGUGACUACCAAGAUCUUCACCACGACCACCUGCCCGGUCACCUUCAAGACCACCAUCUCGGCCAACUCCACCAUCGUUAUCCCGGUGACCAACACCAACACCAUCGUUGUCACAAAGACCCACCCCGUCACCGAGACCAACAUUCGGACUCUGACCUCCCACCCAGCUGUGCCAACUGCCCCUAAGCCAACUGUCCCUAAGCCAACUGUCCCUAAGCCAACUGCUCCUGCGCCAACUGUCCCUAAGCCAACUGCUCCUGCGCCAACUGCUCCUGCGCCAACUGUCCCUAAGCCAACUGUCCCUGUCCCAACCACGAUGGUGCCAUCUGGAUCUAAGCCUUCCGAGGGUGGCUCCAAGCCAUCUUCCAGCAGCCCUGAGCCAACCCAUGGCGGAUCUACGCCAGGGGUCACCCCAAUCCCAAACACCAUCCCAAAACCCAACAACGCUGGCUUGAACAAGCCUAUCUUUGUGGCUUUCGCUGGUGUCCUUAUGGGUCUUAUCGCUCUCAUGUAGAGUGUGAUAUCUGCUGAGAUUUGAGGCGCAUCUAGGAGUGCAGCCACGAGGGGGGAUACACGUUUUAUACGGGAUGUAAACUUGGACGCGAUGAAUUUUCCAACGAAGCUACAUGACCUAGAGGCGUCACACACUCAUUUUGAUAUAUACUUUCUUCAUGGAUUAAAAGGAAGGGCGAAUAGGGAGGAAGGGAAGGACGGAAAUGGGAAGGAAUUGGGAGCAAUGUGGUAAUGUGGGUACUUGAGUUGAGAGCUCCGAAGACAGACAAAAAGACAAUAAUAUAUGCGCUGGCAAUUCAGCUCACCGAUCUUUUUCUUCUCUCUUAAUAGUGGUUGUAUAUUAUUCAGAUAUGGUAUGGGACUGAAGCAGACAUGUUGUGAAGAUGGGAGAUGAUGACAGCAGCUACGCUUAAACAAAACAC